CACUGUCAUGAGGGUGACCAGCAGACAGGCAGCACCGGGCGGCGCUGCUCCCGGUCAUCAGGUACGGUGGAACGGCAGCAAUGUGUCGCUAACCGGCUCCCUUCUGCUGUGAAGCUGUGCGCGUGGACCGUAUGACGUAAGAGCCUUAGAGGAAACAUGACAGCGAACGAAGAUCAGGAGAUGGAGCUGGAAGCUCUUCGCUCCAUUUAUGAGGGGGACGAUUGCUUCAAGGAGAUCAGCCCAGUUUCCUUCCAGUUCAGGGUUGGAGACCUGGAGGACACCAAAGCGUUCAUCCUGGACGUCUCAUGGCCCGCUACGUAUCCAGAGACGGCUCCUCAGAUCUGCCUCGACGCUUUUUUCAACAACAGAAUCUCUGCAGAGACGAAGCAGCUCAUCCUGUCGAAGCUGGAGGAGCAGGUGGAAGUCAACCUGGGCUCUGCCAUGAUGUAUACGCUGUUUGAGUGGGCAAAGGAGAACCAGGAGGCCCUCAUGGAGAACCACAGGCCCGUGGUGACAGCUGUGACGCUGACGUCAAACACUGAGGCGACGGCGCCCUCUGCUGCAAAGAAGAGGGAGAAGAAGGAGCAACUGACCAAAGCUCAGAAAAGAAGGAUGAUUAACAGAACAGACCAUAAAGGGGAGCUGCCCAGAGGCUGGAACUGGGUUGACGUGAUUAAGCAUCUGAGUAAAACGGGAGGAAAGGACGACGACUAAAGCAGAAUACGGAGCUACAUUGGGGCCAUAAAUUUUGUUUUACUUUUAAUUGAACUUUUGGUUUUAAGUCCAAAUAUAUAAACAUAGAGACAAUGCUUUUAAGGCAUUUAAAGUUUCUAACAGGGAAUGUCUUGUCCAGGACUCUACACACAUCAUCUAAGCCCCGCCCACCACACAAGGGGCCAGCAACGUAAAAAUGGGGA